CUCACGUCUCCGGCCCGGCUUUUCCAGCAUUGCUCAGCCUGGGCGGGAGAAACAGCCAGCUCAGCCCGACCCGCCUCUCCCCAGACACCGCCGCAGCGCCGUGCAGCGUCCCCCGCGGCGGCGGCGGCAGCCCGGUGACCGUGGGAACAGCAGCAGCAGCAGCCGGAGAAGGCAGCGGCGACGGGGACGCAGGGAGACCGGAGCCCCCAGCCGGUAGCGACCCGAGAGGCACCGCAGCAGCCGCCGCCGCCGCCGGCUCCCUCACCUGCCGCAGCUUGGAAACCGGCGCAAUAGCUUGUGCCAUUCAGAUACCGUUGAGAGCCGCUGGAAUUGGGCAGCCGCUGGAGUUCAGCUUCUCCUUCCCCGCAAGGUCUAACUGUAUAGAAUGGCACCUGGUAUAACAGCUGAGAAGAAGACUGAGGAUGAACAGUCAUCAAAAAACAACUUAAUUCAUCUCUCCAAUCCUCACCUUGAGAAAAUGAAAGAUGAUAUCCUGUACCAUUUUGCUCUUGGGACUAGCACCCAUGAUUUUCCUGCCUUAUUUGGAGAUGUAAAGUUUGUAUGUGUUGGAGGAAGCCCUUCACGGAUGAAAGGUUUUAUCGCCUACAUAGCUGAAGAGCUCGGACUUGGGAGCGUUGGUGCUGACUAUCCCAACAUCUGUGAAGGAACUGACCGUUACGCGAUGUACAAAGUAGGACCUGUGUUAUCAGUCAGUCAUGGUAUGGGCAUUCCCUCUAUUGCAAUCAUGUUACAUGAGUUGAUGAAGCUGUUGUAUCACUCCAAGUGUUCCAACAUAACCAUUAUUCGCAUUGGCACCUCUGGUGGAAUAGGUCUGGAGCCAGGCUCAGUGGUAAUAACUAGUCAAUCAGUAGAUGCUACCUUCAAGCCUCAAUUUGAACAGGUUAUCCUAGGAAAGACUAUAAUUCGUAGUACCAACCUAGAUGACCAACUAGCCAAGGAACUGAUGCAGUGCAGUAAGGAGAUAAAUCAAUUCAAUACAGUCAUUGGAAAUACUAUGUGCACUUUGGAUUUCUAUGAAGGCCAAGCCCGUCUGGAUGGUGCAAUCUGCUUAUAUACUGAAGAAGAGAAAUUGCAGUAUUUGAAGGCAGCUUAUGAUGCUGGAGUCCGAAACAUUGAGAUGGAAUCUUCAGUUUUUGCUGCUAUUUGUAAUCUUAGUGGUGUCAGAGCUGCUGUGGUGUGUGUCACACUUCUGAAUCGACUUGAAGGGGAUCAGAUUAGCAGCUCGCAUGAUGUACUUGUGGACUAUCAGCAGAGACCGCUGAAAUUAGUGGGACACUUUAUUAAGAAGUGCCUUGGGAAAGAGUGAUGUACCCACCCUUUGCUGAUUAUUAGCAGAAGGUCCAGAGCAAGCAAGGAGCCACAUCACUAAACAAACCAAAAAUUACAAGCCAGAGUAAGGCAAACCAAACAUCUCACCAUUCCUCACUUUUCCAUGGGAAGCUGCAAUAGAACUUUCUUUGCAAUACUGCAUUGCAAACACAAGAGGGUGCUACAGAACCUUAUACAUAUGACUUACAAGGCUUACCUGCUAUUUCUCUCCCAUGAUCUAACCUGAAAUCCAACAACAGCUGUGUUUGCUCCUGGUUCUAAAAACAUUUUCCAAGGAUAAGAACUACCCAGUCUCUGCUUAUGAAGCUGAGUGGACAGCGGAAGGAAGAAGUCAUGCUGCAGCAUGCACCUGACCCUGCCGUCAAGGUCUCCCUCGUUAUCUUCCCCCUAGGUUUUACACAUUAAAGCCCUUCAUUGAGCCAAUGUACUCAACAUACUGCUGCCACCAUGUCACGGUUCCUCCCCCACUCUGAACUCUAGGGUACAGAUGUGGGGACCUGCAUGAAAAACCUCCUAAGCUUAUCUUUACCAGCUUAGGUCAAAACUUCCCCAAGGUACAAAAUAUUCGACCCGUUGUCCUUGGAUUGGCCACUACCACCACCAAACUAAUACUGGUUACUGGGGAAGAGCUGUUUGGACACAUCUUUCCCCCCAAAAUACUUCCCAAAACCUUGCACCCCACUUCCUGGACAAGGUUUGGUAAAAAGCCUCACCAAUUGCAUAGGUGACCACAGACCCAAACCCGUGGAUCUGAGAACAAUGAAAAAGCAUUCAGUUUUCUUACAAGAUGACUUUUAAUAAAAAUAGAAGUAAAUAGAAAUAAAGAAAUCCCCCCUGUAAAAUCAGGAUGGUAGAUAUCUUACAGGGUAAUUAGAUUCAAAAACAUAGAGAACCCCUCUAGGCAAAAACCUUAAGUUACAAAAAAGAUACACAGACAGAAAUAGUUAUUCUAUUCAGCACAAUUCUUUUCUCAGCCAUUUAAAGAAAUCAUAAUCUAACACAUACCUAGCUAGAUUACUUACUAAAAGUUCUAAGACUCCAUUCCUGGUCUAUCCCCGGCAAAAACCAGCAUAUAGACAGACACACAGACCCUUUGUUUCUCUCCAUCCUCCCAGCUUUUGAAAGUAUCUUGUCUCCUCAUUGGUCAUUUUAGUCAGGUGCCAGCAAGGUUACCUUUAGUUUCUUAACCCUUUACAGGUGAGAGGAGCUUUCCCCUGGCCAGGAGGGAUUUCAAAGGGGUUUACCCUUCCCUUUAUAUUUAUGACACUCCCCUUCUAACAGAUCCAUCCCUUAGGCUUCCACAUUCUCUACCACAUGCUGUAUCAAUUUGCUGCAGUUGCAGAGGAGCAGUAUCGAGGGUGAGGUCUGUUCUUAAAGGCCCGGGGAGCUUGUACUUACCAGUGAAGUUAAUUCACAUGCCACAGCAGCAAGAUCCUGAUGUGAGCUGAUGGCAGUUUGCUCGGCCCUCUGCAGCCCACAGCCCUCCUUCCAAAUUGGAGGAUGGCCUUGGUCUCUGCAGCCACACCCUCACACAACAAUGGCAGAUACUCCCUACAGGAAGGAGGCACAGAAUCAGUAUGCAGGAGGAGGCAGGGGAUACACUGGCUGAUAGAAGGUCUGGCUUAGAGGAUCAAUUGAAUAAAGGAAUGAGGAGAGGGCGAUGUCAAAUGAUCAACUGAUUGGUGGGGUCUUGGGAGGCAAAAAAUUAAUGGGAUGGGAAUGGCUGUGAGGAUGGGUUUCCUGGGAGCACAUGGGAGGCCCUAGGGCAAAGAACAAGACAAAGGGUAGGGACGUCAGGGGAAAAAUAAAAGAACAUGGGACUGGGUGCAAGCAGGAAGACACUUAAAAGGAUAGAAAGGGUUGGGGGGGGGGUGUUUCCUAUUUUCCACUACUUUGCACAUUGUGUAGUCAGCCAGUCACCAGUCACUAUGAGUGAGUGAAGAAUUCUGAUCUGGUAACAUUUCACACCCACUUAGCACAGGUGUAAAAGCCAAUUCAAGAGUCAAGCCAAUGGAGGAUCAGGAUCAGGGAUUAGAUUGAACAAGAGAAAGUAAGCAAAGGAACAAAUAUAAAAUGAGAUGAGGGCUCAGAGAAAAGUGAGGUCAAUCAAGAGUGAGUGAGAUGGAAGAGAAGCGAUUUGGAGGGGCAAUGUGAAUGAAAGUGAUCUGCAAGAAACACAGACAGAGGAAAAGGGACAGACAGAUAAGAAAGGGAAAAAUGAGUGAAGAAAGUUUUCUGGGGAAGAAUAAAAUGAUGGGAGACACAAUUUCAAGUUUUAAUGAACACAGAUUAGUGGCAAAAUAUUAUAUAAUCAAACACUGGUGUGGUGCUUGUGGGAUGAGUGGGGAAUGGGAACAAGGCAUGAGAAUCUGUUGUUCCUACCAAACAUAUGAAAAACCAGCCAAAAAAACCCACAUUUUACUGAAAAAAAAUCAAAAAGAGGACACAAACAAGUGUUGACACUGCAUUCUACAGGAGUUUUGAAUAUGGUUUAGUGUCUGAUAGGCAAAAUUGUGUUUGAGGGAGUUUAAGUGAAAAAUACAUAAAUGUCCACUAGGUGGCAGCUGCCAAAAUCUUACUGAAAAAAUGUCCUUUACACAAAACCGGUUACAGUAGAGUAGAUGCUCCUUCCUAGCAACAAAUCAGUGGCCUUUUGCUAUGUCCUAAGCAGCUGUUGUUGUUAAGGGGAGUGUCGUCUGACCAAAGGCGUAUGAAGAGUUAAGGGUGUUUCGGAAGGGGUGGGGCAGCCAGGUUGUGGAUGGGGAGUUGGGGUGAGUGCAGGGAACCCCAAGUUUGGGGGAAAUGGGUCAGGGAAACCCCCAGUCAGCAAAACAUCUGAGAGAGCCUGGCUGCCAGGGCAGGCUGAGGGUGCUUCCACUGGUAGCUUUAUGCUCCACCAUGAGGAGGGAUUGAUGGCUGGGGAGGGUACCAUAUGCACCCUGCAAUGGAGGGCCGGGUGGCUCCUAGCACAGACAGCAGAGAUGGGAGGGGGAAAAGGGGGUAGAUCAGUGCCCUAAGGAGGGGGAUCCCUGAUCCCUCACUGCAAAAUACCAACCCUUCCCCCCCAUUGCCUGCCAGCCCGAUGCUGAGGAAGGGAGGAGGAAACCUCCAAUUGUGCCUCUGCUGUUCCCGGGACCCCAACUUGCCCCUGUCUUCCAGACCCUCCCUCCAAACAUGCUCUCCAUGCAGGCUCUGUCAGGCAGGGCCCUGGAACUGCGCUGAAGGGCCAGGAUCAGGAGGGGAGUGAAAAGAUGCUGUUUGGAGGGUGAGGAGGGGGGAAGCAACACCCCCACGUCUCCCAAAUCUCUAGCCCUGGCUGUGACAUCGCAAAUGUUGCUCUUAUGUGGCAGCUCUGUUGCUGUUACCGAGUGGACAAUUCAUGGUAGGGAAAGUGUUCCCAGGGGAAACGUCGCUUGUAAGCAGCCGUUGCUCUUACAACCUACGGUGUUGCUGCAAACACGCAUCUGUUGGAUUUCUAUGUACAAAAGUUCAUGCACCACCUGUGCCUUUAAACUAUAAUUGCAACUACAAAUUUACUUUGCCACCCUUUUCAGCCAUAAUGCUGGAGUACCCAAAGUGGGUAUUAGCAAUAUUGCCAGUUUGGGUAACCAAGAAGUUAGGAGACUGGCUUCAGGAUGAUGACUGAAACAACGCUGCUCUACUUGCUCUCUAAUUUCCGCUUUAAGCCACCUUCCCUUUUUUGUAGCUAUUUCAGUUUCAGAUUUUAACCACAACUAAGUACACAACCAUACCAGCCUUUCCCCUGACUACUCAGAAGGGGAUUCAACUUCCAAGUGCUGGAGUGGGGGAACUGCCAUUAUAUCCCGCCCUUGCCUCCCUCCCAACCAUUUUCUGAGGUUGCUAAGUCUCAUUUUCUAAAAUUACUAAGGACCAGACUUUCAGAGGUAUUGAGGUAUUGCUGUGCUUAGAAUUGCAGUGCCGAAACCCAUUUAAGAGCCUAACAUUCAUUUUCAAAAGGGAUUUAAGCACGUAGGAGUCUAAAUCAUUUGAAAACUGUGUUCGUACUCAGGGAUGGUAUCAACUUUUCUUUUGUAUUAUGUUUGCGGCAUUUCCAUUGCAUUAAACCCUUUAAACAGAA